UAAAUCAAAUCGUAAAAGUAAAUAGUAUUUGAUUAUCAGCGUAAGGCCGUCUGUUUUGAAACAUUAAAAAGGACAGAGUACACAGAGGAUGUGUAUUUAUUUCUGACCAUAACCUUCCAAGAAUCAAGUGGCUGUUGCUCCAUCACCAUAGCAGAAAGAGAUAUACAGAGAGAGGCAAAAAGAAGAAAAAAAUAUUAAUAAGCCGAUAUUGAGCAAAGCCAUGUGAGCACCUUGUUGUGGUGGGUUCCCGUGUAUCUUCUCAACUCUAUAUAUACUAAUGCCAACUCUCCAAGGUUGCAUGCUACACUUCCGGAUCAAUCUUUCCAACUUCUUCAGAAAAAAAUCUCAACUACUGAUAAAUUACUUCUAGUACUAUAUAUUCGACAUGGGAAUCCCUCUGUCUUCUAAAAUUUUCAGUGGCAAGCAAAUCCUGAGAAGGCAGCAACCUGUCAUCAACAGGAACAAUAAUCAAGUAGCUGAUCAUGUACCAAAAGGCCACAUUGCAGUGUACGUUGGGGAAUGCCAGAAGAAGCGGUUUGUAGUACCAAUAUCAUACGUAAAUCAUCCAUUGUUUCUAGACUUGCUUAAUCGUGCUGAAGAAGAGUUUGGGUUCAAUCAUCCAAUGGGUGGCUUAACCAUUCCUUGCCAAGAACAUGUCUUCAUUGACCUCACUUCUCGGUUACAAGCCUCAUGUUGAAAAUCAAGAUAAAAUCAGUUACAUAUCCGAAGUUUUUGACAGGAUCUUUUUGUCCUUUUCUUUCUUUUCUUUGUACAGAAGAGAGGGAUAGGAUUGUAGAGCAAUAUGUUUAGUGAGCUAGAAAAUGUGAAGACUUCUUUUUCUUUUUGUUUUCUUCUUUUCCUUUUCUUUUUCUUUCUUCCUUUCAGAAAGGAUUUGUGGGUAUAUUUCCAUUUUUCCCAACUAUAAUUAAAGUUAAUUUUUA